GUAAAGCCGCACAGAAUCUUCCACGACGACAGCAUGAGGUCGUUCUUCCGACGUCUUUCGUUCACACCAGAUGGUUCUUUUCUGAUCGCCCCAGGCUGUUAGGCUGGAAGCACUACAUCGCUUCACAGUGCUGUGGCACCUGAUCCGGGAAAUCCAGACCAACAGGACCAUGUCUCUCAACCGCUCCUUUGACCGGUAACCUGAAGAUUCUUAGCAGCAGAAGUCGAAGCUCCACCAGAACGUCUGGGUCAUCUGGGGAUGCUAUGGCAACAGAGGUCACCACCUUAAAUCUCACCAACAUUGUGGACAGGGAAUCCCUGUGGGCAGAGUUGGACACUGGUCCAGAGCAGGUCAAACUGCAGGACUCUUUUGUGCCAUCAAAGAGUGAGAGUGAAGACACAGAGGAGGAGGAAGAGGAGGAAAAUAGAGCAGAUGAUGAGGCUGAGAGUGAACACACGGAGUCAGCAGACACUAGCGGGGCCCAGGUAUCCACAGAGAGCUCCGGUUCUGGUUCUGCUCUGUAUGGCAGCAUUGAGGAGGGCAGGCUGGUCAAUGGCCUGCGGAGGGCAGAGUCUGAGCGUACACAGGCAUCUGAUUCGCUGUCAAGUGAGGAUGAGGAGGAUUUAGAGCUGGAAACAAUGGCCAGGUCUCGCCUGUUAAAACAGGAGCGUGAGAAGAGAGAAGCCAUCGACUCUCUGUUUCUUCAUGUGCUGCUGUAUCCUGUGGCGGGCGGCUGGCGCCACCUGCUCCAAGGUCUGUCACUGCUAGACAGCUUGCUGAGGAGCAGCGCUGAGUGCCCUCUGGUGGAUGCACUCUCUUCUAACUCUCUGGACACAAGCGCGGCUGCACAUUUAAACCUGGUCUCUAACCUUUUACACCGACACCAACAGGCCCAAGAUGGAAAAGGCUUCUACGGCUGCCUGCUUUCACCAUCCUCCUCCCCCUCUCUGCCCCCGUCCAUUCUCAUUGAACUGCUGGUGUCUUUGUGCCUGCGAUUCCUGCGCUCUCAUUACCCUUCAUACCUGAGCCUCGGCCCUCUUGACCUGCAGGGGAACAGGGAGGUUCAGGUAAGGAGUGUGGAGGUGCUAACCCGGAUUGUGAACCAGCUUGGUUGCGUGGCACGAGGUCAUGAGGGCAAUGGGGCCGGUGCGGAGCCCAUCCGCAGAGUCUUGUCCAGAUGUCAAGUGCAGCAAUAUGCUCUGCUUACACUUUCUGCAUCCAUGUAUGUCAGCCAGAGGGGAAUGGACAAAGUAGCUUCCAGAAAUGUGGAGCUGCUGGUUGAGCAGGGAGGCCUGUCAGAGGAGAGUCUGGUGAAUCUUGGAUCAGGAGGCGGGCAGGAACAGUACCCCUUACAAAUGGAAUUACUCAAACUCCUUGAGGCCCUCAUAGUCCUGGAGCACCAUGUUGGGCUUGGCGCGGCCAUCCCAUCAGGUGGCUUAGGCGGAGCUUCCAGCCAGCCUGUUGAGUCUCGUGAAUCCCCAGCUGCCAGCUCCCCCCUCGCCCGUGAGUGGCAAACUGCUGUCCUUUUCCAGCAGUCCAUCAAAUCAGCCCAAUAUGUCCAAAGUCACCCCAUUACAGCCCAAGGAAUGUUUGUUUCUGCCGCAGCCAUGGCCCUGCAGCCACAGUACGGCUAUGCCAUGCACCCCCACUGGGUGUCUCUGCUGUGCUCCACUCUGCCCUACCUGGGACGCUCAUUAGGAAUCAUUGUGGCGCCCCUCAUCGGUCAGAUCUGCAGGAACUUGGACGAGCUGGUAAAGUUGUAUGAGCAUGAUGGAGGAAAGACAAAUCAGAGCCUCAGUGGCAGGAGAGAGAACAUCGCCCCAGACUACCCUCUCACUCUGUUAGAAGGCCUGACCACUAUAACACACUAUUGUCUACUGGACAACAAGAGGUCCCUGGUUGCCUGUGAACCUUCGGACAUCCGUAAUGCACGCAACGCUGUGAUCGAGGCUCUGCCGGAAAUGCUCACUAGCAUGGUUUUGUUGUGGGGCGUGGUCAGGAGGGAAGAGUUUCACCGGCGGGCGUCUGACUCUGGCCAGAACAGCAGACAAACUUCUACAUCUGUCUACUUUAAAAGCACCAAGAUCCUUCGCCACCGAAUUCUGGAGUUCCUGGUCCCUCUGACUGGGCAGUAUGGCAUUCAGAUGAUGGCUUCACUGGGAGUAGUGUGGAGCAGUAGGAAGAGUAGAAGGAGACAUAAAAAUAUGGUUUUACCUGUGGCCAGUGAGGCUCGUCUGGCCAUUGUGGAUCUGGUGAAAUCACUGAACACCUUGCAAACAGAUACCAUCCUGCAGUUGAUCAAAGAGGUGGUGAAAAAACCUCAUCAGAUUAAAGGAGAACAGAAGUCAGCCUUGGUUGAUAUCCCCAUGUUACAAUUCAGCUAUGCCUAUAUCCAGACUAUUUCCGCCCAGGUUCUGCACGAGAACAUUGCCCCUCUUCUCAGUCUGCUGCGAGAGUCUGUUCAGCUCAACCUGGCCCCGCCCGGACACUUCCUUCUGCUGGGAAUCCUCAACGACUUUGUCAAUCGGCUCCCAAACCUGGACAAUAAGAAGGAUACUCGAGACCUGCAGGAAGUGACUCAACGGAUCCUCGAGGCGGUGGGUGGGAUCGCGGGGUCAUCCCUGGAGCAGACCAGUUGGCUGAGCCGCAGCCUUGAGGUCAAAGUUCAGCCGCAGGUGUGCCCUGAAGCAGACGAGCCUGAUGACGCAGAUGCUGAAGAGUUGGCUCAAGCCAGCACCAUGGUCUCCUCCUCAGCUCCCUCAAUUUACAGUGUGCAGGCUCUUGCUCUCCUGGCUGAGAUGUUGGCAUCACUUCUGGACAUGGUGUACCGCAGCGAUGAGAAGGAGAAAGCCGUUCCUCUCAUUUCUCGGCUCAUGUACUUUGUUUUUCCGUAUCUGAAGAACCACAGUGCCUACAACAUGCCCAGCUUUGAUGCGGGUGCUCAGCUGCUGAGCAAUCUGAGCGGGUAUGCCUACACCAAAAGGGCCUGGAAGAAAGAGGUCUUUGAGCUAUUUAUGGACCCCCUCUUCUUCACCAUGGAUGCUUCCUGUGCACCCAGUUGGAAAUCCAUUAUUGAUCAUCUGCUGACUCAUGAGAAGACAAUGUUUAAAGACCUCAUGAGCUUGCAGAGUGGCUCCUUGAAACUGUUUGGUAACGUAGAUCAGAAACCCAUGCUGCUGAAGCGCCAGGCCUUUGCCAUGUUCAGUGGGGAACUCGACCAGUACCAUCCUUAUCUGCCCCUCAUCCAAGAGCGUCUCACAGAGGCUUUGCGUACGAACCCCAGCCCAGCUGUUUCAGCCCAGAUGUUCUUGAUGUUUCGUGUUCUCCUGCUGCGGAUUUCAUCCCAGCACCUGACAUCUCUUUGGCCAAUCAUGGUCACAGAACUGAUUCGCAUUUUUGCACGUCUAGAGAAAUCUCUGCAGCCGGAUAAGGAGGUCUCAAAACUGGCAAAGGUGGUGCGUGGAGCCAUUGAGAGAAAUGGACCGGUGAACUUCUCUCAGGCAGAGUUGGACAUGUACCUGUCAGCCUGCAAGUUUCUGGACACCUCCUUGACCUUUCCUCCCGAACAAAUACCAGUCUUUCAGAUGUAUCGCUGGGCAUUUGUCCCGGAAGUGGAUGUGAACCGCUUCAAUGGCCCAGAGAUGUCGCUGAUGGAAGCUGAGCAGGAAUGCAUACCCCACGUUGUCAAAGUACUGGAGGGGAUUCAGCAAAGAUAUGGGACCCUGAACGGACUGAGCGAGGAGUCUUCCACCGAGCGUUUGGAGUUCCCCCUCCUCACUCAGUGCUCCCUGCGCUCCAUCACCCAGCUGUUGCCUUUUCUUCGCACCCUUUGCUGUUCCUUCCAGGUUCCUCCCCCUAACGGCCACCUAAUGCAACACUACCCAAUAGCAGACUACCCAGCCACCAAUCCGCGCGCAGUCCUGAGGAAGCUGGAGCACAUCAUUGAGAAAGAAUUCCUGGACUCCACAGAGAGUUAAAAAUACUCAAGCAUGAAGCUUUCAAAUAAGUCCUCUCCCCAAGCUUUUACACCUGCAGCCAUAUGAGUGUAAUAUCUAAAAUAGGCACAACAGUGAUCAUGGAGUGUGAACUUGAAAUGUUUUAAUCUUUUAACUUGUCUGAUUUCCACAAUAAUACUUCUGAGGUUUACCCUGAAUCUGUUAUGGAAAGACCAAGGGACAUUGUUGUAGCUCAUUCAGUUGUCUGAAAGAUAUGGUAUUAAUUACAAGUUAAGUAGAUAUGCUCCUUUUUAUUUCUCUGUAAUGUACUUUGUCUCCACACUAUCUAAAAGGUUGACACAUUGAGAUUGUUUCACAGUGUCUACUCUCUUUGUUCUUAUUGAUUUUAGAAGAAGAAAAAAUAAUGAUUCCAUAAACAUCAAAUUAUUGUUCCGCUACCGCGUUUUUGUUUGUAGCCAAAUAGCAGAUUCACUGUGAGGAAUUUUAUCAUGUAUUUGUUUUCUUUUGGUUCCCAUAACAAGCGUACACACUGCAUCUGUCUGACUCUGAGAAUGUGAAGGUUGUAUGCCUGCAGGGCCCCGCUGUAGAACUAAUUUCUCUCUUUUUGUAUUGAAUUAAUUAUGGGACCUCACUGAUUUACAUUGAUUUUACGAGUAAGUUACUGAAUGUGUUUUUGUGUACACCACGAAAACCCCUUACAAUAUCCUGGAUUUUAUUGGGUGUACCUCGGUAGUAUACAGUACAUUCUUGCAGUUGUUGGUGUUUAAGGGAACUUGAAUCUUUCUUUGCGGUUGUUGACUGAUGCUUUUCACAACUGCCUGUCUUGUUUUCCACAGUACUGAAUGUUUACGUAAUUUAUUUUGGAUGUCUAAAAGGACCAUGUUAAGUUUUGAAUUAAGUGAAAAGGUUCAUUAAAGUAAAUAUUUAGCUUAAA